UGUGCGCACAACACCUGUCCUUGAAAUCCACAUAUAACAUCGUGAAGGACUACGGGUGAUUUGCAUAGAAGCAACACACUUUUUUCUAUUUCACAAUAUUGCUGUCGCGUCCGUUCCAUUAUUGCGCUUGUGAUGUCAGUGGAUUUAGGUGCCCGUCACGAAUGCCUGAAGAAUAAUGAUGUGUCUCGUCAAUGAGCGUUUCUGUGUGGGUUCCAUGUCCUUCAGUUUAGUGGCUGGAUUCUGAUUUUACCCUCACUGAAAACACCUUGGAUUGUGGACUCGGGAUCGCUGCUUUACGUGCAGCCCUGAACACAAAACCUGCGUUUGUUUUGCGCGGAUUGUGUAGCGUGUUUUAUUAUAACUUUAUGCACGAAAUGGAAUGCAGAGUAUUGUCAAUUCAGAGUCAUGUUGUCAGGGGAUAUGUUGGCAAUAAAUCGGCAUCAUUUCCGUUACAGGUGCUGGGGUUUGAGGUGGAUUCAAUCAAUUCGGUACAGUUCUCCAAUCAUACAGGCUACUCCCACUGGAAAGGCCAGGUGCUGACCGCGGACGAGCUGCACGUCCUCUACGAGGGGAUCAAGCUCAACAACGUCCACCACUACGACUAUGUUCUCACAGGGUACACUCGAGACACUUCCUUUCUGGAGAUGGUUGUGGACAUCGUACAAGAGCUGAAGAGGGCCAAUCCUAACCUUGUGUAUGUGUGUGACCCGGUGCUGGGGGACCAUGGCUCCAUGUACGUUCCUGAGAACCUGCACCCGGUCUACAAGAACAAGGUGGUGCCAGUGGCCGACAUCAUCACACCCAAUCAGUUUGAAGCGGAGCUCCUGACAGGGAAGAACAUUAGCACAGAGAAAGAUGCAGUGGAGGUGAUGGACCUGCUCCACAAGAUGGGUCCUGACACGGUGGUCAUCACCAGCUCUGACCUGCCCUCGCGUCUUGGUGACCGCUUCCUUGUGUCCCUGGGCAGCCAGAGGACGUUGAUGCCUGAUGGUACCAAGUCCACCCAGAGGGUCCGUAUGGAAAUCCCCAAGGUGGACGCUGUGUUUGUGGGGACAGGGGACCUGUUUGCUGCGAUGCUGCUGGCCUGGACUCACCACUACCCCAACGACCUCAAGACUGCGUGCGAGAAGACUUUCUCAGUGAUGCAUCACGUUAUCAAGAGGACCAUCUCCUAUGCUCACGAGUUAGCAGGGCCUGGCCGAAAACCCAGCCCGCCUCAACUGGAGCUGAGAAUGGUUCAGAGCAAAGCGGACAUUGAGGACCCCGCCAUCGUGAUGGAGGCUACUGUCCUAACCCUAUAGAGACUCCACCCCCCAUCUCCCACCACCCCCCCGCGCCACAACCGCACAAUGUAUAGGUGUUGUACAUUUUGAUCUGUAAUGUGACAUUGCCUUAGAAAUCUCUUACAGAGCACAACAUUUCCAUAUGAGGAGACUUAGCAGGGUAUGGAUGGACAGACGGGGGGUGAGCAGAGGAGGGGAAGACCUGAGUGGGCUGGGGUGGGGGCUACUGCACCUCAGACACCUCUUUUCGACAACCUGGUCUCUCUCGGUCUCUCUUCAUCUCUCCCACUCCCUCUUUGAGCUCGCCUAACUUCUUGGUUUGUCCUGCACACACAGCUUCACAGACCAGCCCAGGCCAGCCCAGGCCUAGACUAUUCCAAGGCCAGGCAUCCCAGGGCUUAUUGGAGUUGCAGCACUAGCUAACUACGGUGGCAAUGUGGUGGCCCAGGCUAGCUAAAGCCUAGGCCGAGGUUAUAUCUGGCCUGCAAAAAUCAACCAAUCAACAAUCUGUCAAUCAAUCAAGCCUUGUGAAAUAUAUGCACAGCUGAGGGCAGAAUACUGAUCAGGGAUAGGAUAGAAUCUGAGGCACUUAUUUGAGUGGUGGUUUCUAAACGUUUUACCUCAUGUCACAACAGGACAAUGGUUUUGGGUAUGUUGAUUCUUAAAUCAAUUGUCCUAUGUUCAGUGCUUAGAUCAUGAUCAGUGUAUGAUCAUUGUAAGCACGUCAUUAACGUUGUGGUUGUGUGUUGUUUGUUAUUUACAAUGUGUGAAAUGCUGGAGAUCUAUCAUUUCAACAUUUGUUGAUGUAUGAAAAUGGUGUGUUCAAAUUUCAAUGUUAUUGGAAUGACCAUACGUUUGUAUUUUUAUUUUGUUCUUAAUUGGUUGCAAGGACUAGCAAGGAUAAUCUACACUGUUCAUUUUAUACAUACAAAUUAAGCAAAACAUUCAUAUACUUUUUUAUGUAUUUGUAUAUUUACAUAUCUUGAGCAGAUAUAAUAUUGAUAUGGUUUCUCUGUCUGUGCCAAACUUGUGAAAUCAAAUUAUGUUAGAGAGUGCCAAACUGGCUGUUUCCUGAAACAGGCAUGAAAUUGCAAUAAAGUUAAUAUGAAUCCUGUUAUUUAGCCAACUUGCUGUAAGUUUUCUGUCUGCCCCUGCUUUGUGGGGAACUCUCCAUAUCUUACGCUCUGUUCUGAAGAAUGGACAAUGUGGAGAAAGCUGAUUUGAUCUUUCUGGUGAUGCUAUGUUACAACCAUUUCUCCUCAGACAGGGGGAGUGUCCGUGUGCAGGACCAAUCAGGGGUUAGUUCUGCUCUGACUGACAUGUACUUACUCCUCAGCUUUUCAUGAAACCAGUGAACUGUUUAAUCUAUGUUCCAACUGUGCGUUACUGUACAUUUGUGUGUUUGCGUGUGUGUGUGAGAGUAUGUACAUGUAUGUACGUGUAUAUUUCCUCUGUAAUCGGGUUUGGGGGUUUUAGGGGAGGGCGUGGGGUGGGGUGGCGUGGGGGGAAACUAGUUUUUAAAAAAGGGAAAAAAAGAAGAGAAGCAAUGACUUAUCAUCCAGAAACUAGCCUUUCCGGUGCUGUCGUAGGAAUAACCCAGCUGCUGACUAAGUCAGUGGUAGUGAGGUUUGUUGGCUGUGCCAGCUUUUGAACCCAAAUACUGUAUGUGGGCAUUGAACUCCAAAACGGAAGCACCUAAAACUGCCAUUGAGUGGACCGAGUGUGUACUUUGAGUAGGAGCUUGGGGGAGUUGGAUGGUCGAGGCUAUCUGUGUCUUCGGACAAUAUAUGUAUAUGUUGGUCUGAAGUGGGUUGCCUUGCAAAAUGGGGUCUGGUCACAUAACUAAAUCUUCAGCUCCCCCGGUAUUCUGUGGGAAACCAUGGAAACAACAUAUUGACUGUUGUUGCAGCAAUGUUUUAGCACAUUCCCUGGGGGAAACGUAGAGGGAUAGUUCACGUGGAUUACAAAAUAUAUGUUAUUUAUACAUAUAUAUAGUAUAUGUAUAAAUAUGUCAUGUACUGUGGAUCAUGAAUCUGUGCUAAAGAUAUGGCCAAUUUCUGAAACAUAUUUGAGGGCGCUGGCUUGAAUCAGAUGGGACAUUCCGAAGUAUCUUCUUCCCUAACGUUCAGCGAAGAGCACGUGCAGUAGUGGUGAAACAAAAACAAAAUGGGUUAAGGAUGAUUGUUGACAUGUAAUGGUGUGCAACAUUUUGUGUCUUGGUCUAGAAAAAAUGAGAAAAAAAGCCCAUAGGGCAUUACAUGUCAACAAUCAUCCUUAACCCAUUUUGUUUUUGUUUCACCACUACUGCACGUGCUAUUGGCUGAAUAUUAGGGAAGAAGAGAUUUUGGAAUGGCCCAUCUGAUUCAAGGUAGUGCCUAAUUAAAUAAAGGUUAAAUAAAAAAUAAAUAAAAGAUGUUUCUUUGUUUGGACCACUGUGUUUGCUGUAGUGUUGACUCUAUCCUAAAAUAGUCCCUUUGGCAAAGUAUCAUAACAUGUACUCUUGCCAUGUGUAUACAAGAAACAGUAGGCAACACUAGAAUAUUAACCAUGAUGUCAGUACAGAAAGGGAGAUCUUUGACUAAUGCAGCAUUCGUGAACAAGUGGGAGGUGGGAAUUUACAAGUUGUGAAGUCAUAAAACUAGUUGGUUGCAAUUUCCUGCUUUGAACUCGUCGAGAAACGCUGAUUGACUAAUGGCCAACAAGCUGCGAAAACCAUAAACUAAAAGUACAGCUGUCAGGCUUGUAAACAAAUGAUAGUGUUCAAAAACCAUAUUAAUAGAUUUUUUAUAAAUAAUGUUUUGUUGCAUUUAACUGCCAGAAAUGCUAUUUUCGAGUUUAUAUCCUUAGUAGAUGAUGUCAGCAUGUAGGAGAAAGAGGAGCUCAGGAUGGUGGACAAGUUUCCCACAAGUAAUUACCAGUUGUAGGGCCGUUCAAGUGGAUUUUUCCCAGUUGUAUGUGGUAAAUUCCCACUUCUCACUUGGUGACGAAUGCAGCAUUAAGCGCAACUGAGUGCCCCCUACUACCCCCUGCCUUUGUAACUGUAUCUGUCCCUUAGUGGUUUUAACAGUGACCAGUCUAUGCUUGGCUCUUCUUUUGUUUUGUUCUUAUGUUGAAGAUUUUCUUUUUACAUUUUCUUUUCUCAAUGGGCAAACAAUGAAAUGUAUUAACUGUUUGGUAAAGUUUUUAGUGCUUCGUUUUUUGAGCCUGAAUAUUUUAUAACAUGUUACAAUGAAGAUUGUAGUGUACAAAUCCACAUUUAUAAUAUAUAAUAUGUAUGUUAUGAUGCAAUAAAAAUAAAGUAAUGAUUAUAUUAUA